AUGCCCAUAUCUACGUCCGGUAGAAAUACAAAUCUGACUCCAGAAUACUCUCAAGACCAUCAUGGACCUGAAUAUGAACUGGCAAAAGUGACUCGUGAUAAGGAGAUCUUAGAAGCGAAAUGUGAUGGACAAAACUCCAAGAUAACUGCUCCUCUCUCAACCCAUACCCCUUCCCCCCGACCAUUUGUCUUUGACAUGUUCAAAAAUUACACCAAAAAACGAGAUUUAUGUGAUCGUGCUCCUCCACUAGUAAACUCGUAUCUCAAACCCAACGCCAGAUACGUGGGAGAACAGCAAAGUAGCAAGACCAGGCACCAGAUCCGGGUGGAGUUCAAGACAGUCGAUCUUGUCAACUCGAUGAUGACAGGGUUUCUUCAGAUCACCGGAUUGACCGAUGAUAAUCCAGAAAUCACUACUUGUUUCAAAGGAGAAAUCAUCAAUAAUCCCCUUUUGCAUUCACGAUGGACAUCCUCGUCCAAUUUAGCAUCACUGGAGAAGGUUUUGCGCAAGUUUUCUUUCUUCACAGAAAAUAAUCAAUGGCAUUCUAACCCCGAUAAUGACCUUGUUCAUUGGAGCAAACUCACCGGCUUGGACUAUCUCAGUGACGAAGAAUUACUCGAAACUUUGCAGCGCGAACAGGAGUACCCAGAUCAGCAUAUCUACAUGAGAUGGAAGGAAGAAUUUUUAUUGCCAGAUUCACGAGUAAAGCGAAUACCUCAUGCUUCAUUCGAAGGAUUCUACUAUGUGGUUCUCACCAUAAAAGGUCCGGAAGCGGGCUCGGUUAGAGGCUUGUACUACUACCACAAGGAUCCAGAAAAAUUCCAAUUGUUAAAUAUGAAGUUUGUGGAAGAUCAAGGACACAGUAGUCUGUUUGAGUUUGUAUGA